AAACUUGUUGGACUGUGAUGUGUUUUCAAAAUCUGAUCCAAUGUGUGUUGUGUUUAUGAAAACACCAGAAACUACCAAAUGGGUUGAAAUUUGUCGUACGGAGUGUAUUAAUAAUUCUCUUAACCCUAAUUUUGUUACAAAAGUUCAUGUCUUGUAUCGUUUUGAAGUUCAGCAAUUAAUAAAAUUUGAAGUAUAUGAUGUAGAUUCUAACUUGCAUGAUUUGAAAUCUCAAGAUUUUUUGGGAUCAUGUGAAACCACUCUUGGACAUAUUGUGUCUUCAGUAACACUUGCAUUACCUUUGAAAGGAGUUAAAACUAAUAACAAAGGUCAAGUGAUUGUAAAAGCAGAAGAACUCCCGGCAUGUCACGAUGAAGUAACUUUACAGUUUAAUGGAAAAGAUUUAGAACGAAGUGAUUGGGUAUCAAAAUUUUUUUCUUGGAUUGCUAAAGCUUAUCCAUUUUUAGAAUUGUUUAAAGUUGGCGAAGAUGGACAGUAUCAAUUAGUAUUUAGAACUGAAGUUGUUAAUUGGACAAACAAUCCUUCUUGGAAACCAAUAACUUUACCUGUUCGGUCUUUGUGUGGCACUGAUUUUGAUAGAGACAUUAAAGUAGUAUGUUAUCAUUUCAAAUAUAAUGGAAAUCAUUCAUUAAUAGGAGAAUUUCAUGUUACAAUGAAUCAAUUGAAAAAAGGC